AUGUCUUCAGAGCCAGCGUCGGACACUGGCGCCGGCAGCAGAGGCCUCAAGAAGCCGUGUUCAUUCAGCAUUGAGGACAUCCUCUCCAGCCCAGCAGAGAAGAGCCCCCAGGUCCUGGUCCCACUGUGCCUCCAGAGCAUCUUGGAUUGCGCACCCAAAGGGCUGUGUGAGUUGGGGACUUUCCCGGCCAGCUCCCUGCAGGAGGAGGAGGAGGAGGAGGAGGAGGAAGAGCUGGACGGGGCAGGCUGCUACUGCUGCUGCUGUUCUCACACAAAAGCCCGUUCCCUGAAGGACUCGCCGAGUUGGCUGGACGCCCGGUUGCCCUGGCCCGUGCGGCUCUUCCACUCAGCAGUCAGGGUCUGUAAGAACACCCAGGGGAACCCCAGCGAGCUGCAGACUUUCCACCAGAUACAGCGCCGGACGCGCCGGCAUCGCACCAUAUUCACUGAGGACCAGCUGCAGGCCUUGGAGACGCUUUUCCAUCAGAACCAGUACCCGGACGUCAUCACCCGUGAGCACCUGGCAAACCGCAUUCACUUGAAGGAGGAGAGGGUGGAGGUUUGGUUUAAAAAUCGGCGGGCCAAGUGGCGGCAUCAGAAGAGGGCGUCCGCGUCAGCGCUGAUCCUUCAAGGCACCAAGUCGCCCUCCGAGGAGAGCUGUUAG